AAAACUAAACUGAAAAUGCCACCAAAACCAAGCCCAACAUGUGUAGAAUGUAAAAAAACAGAAUCAUUAUUAUGGCGUUCUGUGGAGAAUGGUCAAAUAUGUCAGGCGUGCUUUGAACUUCGAGAAGCUAAGGACAGUGAUAUGGUUAAAUCUGUGGAAGUUAGUGAGGAUAAAAAAGCUAAAACCAAUAAAGAUGUCAAAGAGGAAACAAAAAAUGACAAAAAGGAAACCACCAGCACUUUAGGCGAAGAACGAGGCACACGUUUGAGAAAGAGCACUAGGGCCACACGCUUUAAAACGAAACUAAAUACCAGUCAAAGCAGCACUUCAAAUGGCAAUGGUGAAAAAUCAACGGGAAGUGGUAGUAGCAAGCAGCAAACAAAAGGCCGCAAUAGGAGAAGUUUAUUUAAGAGAAUGCCUUUUAAAACGCCUUUGGCACAGGCCACUACUCACUCAGUGGAGAGUAUAUUUCACAAGGGUUCAUAUUUGCAAGUUGGCGAUAUAGUGUCUCUAGUAGACAAUGAGGAUAAUGUGUAUUAUGCCCAAGUAAGGGGUUUGCUAAUAGAUAACUAUUGCGAGAAGUCUGCAUUUCUUACUUGGCUAAUACCCACACAAGAAAGUCCUGAUCCAAAGGAUGGUUUCGAUGCCGCCACAUAUUUAAUAGGUCCUGACGAAGAAUUAUCUCGCAAAUUAUCCUGCUUGGAAUUUGUAAUGCACGCUCCUAGCAAUUAUUAUUUAGAUCGUUCAACUCCCUAUCCACUGCCUGAUAGUAUGGAAUAUGAUACAAAACCCGGAGGUUAUAUAUGGACUACACUACCCGAAUAUCAUAGGAAUAAAACAGCUGCUGUAGAGGUAUAAAAUCAAAAUACAAUUUAUUUUAAAUUAGAAACAAAUAAAAGUAAGAUGGACUACAUUUAUGAAAGAGAUGGUAUACAAAUAAAACAUUAAAUAAAAUCUAAAAACUACACAGAAAUACAAAAUCUUAAAACUAA